AUUUUUUUUUUCCUCUCUCUACUCCUUCAUCUUCUCCUCUGAGAAAAAAGAGUUUAAUCUCUGCUUCACUUCUGAGAAAAGAGUUUAAUCUCUCCUCCCAAUUUUCUGGGGAAAAGGUCGUUGUCUUCUCUUCCCGGUGAUUAAGAUCGGAGCUUCGAGCUUUUCCGGUCACUGAAACACCUUAUUUUUUUCAGUUGUUCUGCUGAUUUUCACCGUGCCCUUUUGUUAAAUCUCCGUACGUUUCUGGGAAAUUUGUGUGUUCGUGAAAUUCCCUUAUUUUGUUCUGAAAUUAUCUAUAAAUUUCUGUGGUUUAUAUCGGCGCCAGUUUCCGAUUUUUCUCCCGUUUUUGUUUGGUUUUAAGUUGAAUCGAGCAGUGUAUGAGCUUAUCCCUUUUCCUUAAUGAGGAAAUCUAGUCUGGGAUUAUGUGUGAACAGGGAUUUCAGUUCUGUUUAGGGUAAUUGAACCGUUUGAUAAUUUUGAUCUUUGAGAUUUCUCGGAUAUUCGGAGCCGGAAGAGGUUUCUAGGGAUCAGAGUUGGCUGAUUUGUGAAAAAAAAAAGAAUGUUUUUUUAUUUGGGACUAUAUUCAUCCCAAUAAAAGUGUGAAGAAAGUAUUUUUCUGUCUGUUCUCGGAAACUUCAGCUGUCGCCGUCGUCGGGGAAUUGAUGGUGUCGACGGGAAUGACUGUGCCGGAUCAAAAUGGAGGGACAAGCAUCCCGACUGAUAUGGGAGUUUCGGCUGCUAGGAGCGUCCAACAGCUCACCCCUGCAGAUGAACAUGCUCCGAAGGCAAGAAAACCGUACACCAUCACGAAGCAAAGGGAAAGAUGGACCGAGGAAGAGCAUAACAAAUUCCUUGAAGCCUUGAAACUGUAUGGUAGAGCGUGGAGGCGUAUAGAAGAGCAUGUGGGCACAAAAACAGCAGUUCAGAUUAGAAGUCAUGCUCAGAAGUUUUUCUCAAAGGUUGUUCGUGAGUUGAAUGGUACUGAUGUUAAUUCUGUUAAGCCUAUUGAAAUACCUCCUCCUCGUCCAAAAAGAAAACCAAUGCACCCUUAUCCUCGCAAAUUGGUAAUUGCGGGUGGAGCCCCAGCCCAAGAGAAGCUAACGAGUUCUGUACCCUCUAAUGUAUCUCUCGUAGAGAAAGAAAACCAAGAAAACCAAUCUCCUACGUCAGUGUUAUCUGCACUUGGUUCUGAAGGCGAAGGCACAGCAGACUCGACGCUAAAUGGUAGCCCGCCUCCUGUUUCAUCAGCUCUCGGUGACAGCUCUUCCGGGUUUGUACCUUCCGAGCAAUGCAAUUUGUUGCAAGAAGAGAACAGACCUUCUUUGCCUGUCCAACCGAGUGCUAAUCCCAGUCCAGAUGAGCAACCAUUUGCGAGGCUAGAAUUGUUCCCGCAAGAAAAUGGAUUCGUCAAUGACUGUUCAACCGAGGCAUCAUCCACCUACAGUCUGAAGCUCUUUGGGAAGACGGUUUUAGUGACCGAUUCUCAUAGACCAUCAUCCCCGACUUCCGGGACCUCUAAGGCACUGCCAACAGAAGCAAACGACGAGGUAGCAACACAAUCAUUGCCUUGGACCUUUGCCCGGAUGAAAAUUUUGUUGGGCAGUCCCGAAUGCACAACGAGUAACUUGCCUCUAGGAGCAUCCACCUCUCUUUACUACCCGCCAACACAGAUUGAAUAUUCCAAUACUGUGGAAAGCAUUCUCGCUCCUUCCCUACCAUGGGCUUUGCCGUAUGCAACUGCAUCUUUCCCUCGUGUUCAGGUGCACGAUCCCAUUCCAGUUAAAGCCCGCCCGGUUUUUGACAACAAAGAGACGGAAGAUAAAGAAAAGUUAGAAAACCGUAAGGAAGCAUCUUCCACCGCUUCAGACAGUGGAUCAGUAAAUAUUCUAGAGAAACGCAUUGGCAAAAACUCAGAAACCGAAAUUGAGAGUGAGGAGCAGCAGUCCUCAGAAAAGAUCGGGAACGAACUCCCCGCCUUCAGAACAACCGAGACAACAACUAACUUCAAACUACGAACCAGCUCGGGCAAGAGGAUGAAAGGCUUCCUGCCUUACAAGAGAUGCUUAGCGGAACGAGCCACCCACUCCUCAACCAUAACGGGCGAGGAAAGGGAAGAACAACGAACCCGCCUUUGUUUAUAGCAGACCCUAAUUAACUCUCGGGUUUGUUGUUCCAUUCUCAUCUGUAAGCAGAGAUUUUGUGACAAGAGUGAGCAUCUGACUUAGUGCACAGUAAAGAGAAAUAGCACUUUGGUGGAUGACUGGAUUAGCAUGAUGCAAAAAUGGUGGAUCAGUAGCACAGCAGCUUUGCAGAAUCUUGUCUGGUUUUUCCUAUUCUUUUCCUUAUUAAUUGUCCAAACAUAUAUAUGGUCAGAAUAAUAAUGUCUUGUAAUGUUCUCCACCUGCACAUUCUGAUGAACUUGCUGUGUAAUAUUUUUCCAUUUCUGAACUGUAUGAGGAUUUUCAAGACACUUUUUGUUUGUCAUGUUCAUAUCAUCCUCUUCAAGUCUGAGAUGAUGAUGAGGCCAUGGCUUGUAACUGUAAUAUAUAGCUUCAUUCUUGGAAUCACAGAUUGGUUUACCUAGUGCCA